UUGGAACUCAUGAAGCAGUUUGGACUUCUCUGUGAGCAAAAGAAUGUGGAAAGCAGACAACGCUCAUUUUUUGUGCCCUGUCGAUUGAAGCGUAGCAAAGAGAGUUUGUCUAUCAAACCGGACACGGAUGGGAUGGUAUCUAUCUAUAUGGCCUCCGAGGAUUUCAUCCCCGAUAGUAUCUUCCACCCUUUAGUUGUCGGCUUGAUUAGAAUGGUGCAAGACAUGGGUUACACGGCUAAACUAGAGUUAUUCAGCAACAAUGCAAUCAUCGCUCUAGGACGUGAUCACAUUCUCAGCCUAGGACCAGUAGUUAUUAAUAAUAAACCUUCCUUAAAGGUAGUGUCACUUAGUUUGAUUGAUUGACCAACAAGUUGCUUUUUUUAAGGUUAUUGUUUUGAUUUUAGUAUACAUGUGUUUUUAUAAUACCUAAAGCCUUUACUUUUUUUUUUUCCUUUCUUUGUAUUUGAUUGACAUAAAUAAUAAUUAUAAUGCUGAUAAAAUAAUACACAAGCUUGCAUAAUAUUCCAAUUAAAAUGAAUUCUCUAUUGGCCACUGACUUUCACAUGGUUGCUGAUGAGAUGGUGGUGAAUCUCGGAUCAUAAGCUCACUUAGAUGAGAAUGACAUGAAAUUGGAUUUUCAAUUUCAAAUAAAUCUAUUAUUGAAUGAUAAUUUAAUUGACUGGUUGGUUGAUUAAUAAAUUAAUUUGAUUUUUAUUUUAGCUUGAAGUAUUACACAAGCCUAUAGAUCAAGAGGGAGAUACUAAUGUGGCAGCGUGUGAACCCAGUCCAAGAGUCUGUAUGCAGGUACAUUAUAUUUAUGUAAUAAAAUCCUGUGGUUAAGAUAUCAGCUGUUAAACAAAAUAAUUUUGUUUUUUUUAUAUUUGUUCCUUGAACAAUAU